AUGGACGCGUAUAUGUAUAAGAUAAGAAUGUAUGUGGACGCGUUUAUGUAUAAGGGAACCAAUCUCAGCCGAAAAUGUGGCAUUAUAGUAGUAAGCAUCAUUUUCCAAUUUAUCGUUAGGUUUUCUAUCCUAUUGGGGAACCGGGAGUCCGGGACCACAGUCUCAAAUGUUGAGCAAAACAAGUCAAAGAUUGUGACUUUUUUGGGGAACAAUACUAUUGACUAUAUGGAGAGGUAUUUUAAACGAAAGAAUCCCGAAGAAUCAUCAACUCCUACAAUUAACAAUGAGCCUUCGAAGCAAAGUCGUAAAGAAAGUGACUUACCGGAGCUUCAAGCUGAUCCAGGGCUUCGACCUCGAAUUAUGGAUUAUGAUCCAAACAUUCGAGAACAAGUUCGGAGGGCUUACUUACUAAAGGGCCCUUGCCAACCUCGUAACCACCAAUUUCGGCAAAGGAACUUUUCAGGAUUCUUGAGAAGAUUCAACUCUAGAGAAGAUUCAACUCUAAAUGGAGAUCAAGGAGGUGGCGAUUGCUUUGUGGGUGAGGAAUAUACAAAUUGGAAGAAGAAACGCAGAUUGAAAACUCAUGAAAGAAGUAUUAAUGGCGCCCACAGACAAGCUCAAAAAAAAUGUCAAGAUUUAUUGAAUCAAAAGCAACAUAUUGAAAUUGUUUUCUCCAAGCUAUCUGAUGAUGCCAAGAGAGACUACAAGGUACGAUUGACAGCAUCAAUUGAUUGUGCUCGAUUUCUCUUGAGACAAGGGCUUUCAUUUCGUGGGCGUGAUGAAUCCGAACUAUCAAACAACCAAGGAAACUUUCUUGAGCUUUUGAAGUUUCUUUGUGUGCAAAAUGAGAAUGUUAGAGCUGUUUCACUUAAAAAUGCUCUUGAAAAUCUUAAACUCACAUCUCCAAAGAUUCAAAAGGACAUUUGCAAUGCAGCUGCUAUAGAAACUACCAAUGCUAUAAUGGAAGAACUUGGUGAUGAGUUUUUCUCUAUUCUCCUUGAUGACUCUAGGGAUGUUUCAACGAAGGAGCAAAUGGCGGUUGCUUUGAGAUAUGUUGAUAAGAGGGGAUGUAUGGUAGAGCGCUUUGUGGGUAUUAAACAUGUUACUAGUACUAAUGCUCUCCCUCUAAAGAAUGCAAUUGAAGACUUGUUUUCCACACACAACGGGGCUAGCAAUAUGCAAGGGGAGUUCAAUGGACUAAAGUCACUUAUUUUGCGGGAGAAUGAAUCCUCAUGCAAAUGUCGUGAUGCUCUUCGGGAGAACCGAGCUGCCCAAAUUAUUAAAGCCCUUAGUCUCGGUGAUAUUACAAGUGGCAAAGGCCUUAAUCAAGGGACCACUCUUAGUCGCGCUAGUGAUACACGUUGGGGAUCACAUUAUGGCACCUUACUUAGCGUGGUUACCAUGUUCGACUCUGUGAUUGAUGUGCUUGAUGUUGUAGUAGAGGAUGCAUCUUCCUCAGAUCAAAAAUUAGAAGCCUUCCGUUUAUUGAAGGGAAUGCAAUCUUUUGACUUUGUAUUCAAUCUACAUUUGAUGAAAUCUGUCUUGGGAAUUACAAAUGACUUGUCGCAGGCAUUACAAAGAAAAGAGCAUGGCAUUUACAAUGCCAUGACACAAGUUCAAAUAUGCAAGCAACGACUCCAAUCGAUGAGGGAUAGUGGAUGGAGUAGUUUGAUGGAUGAAGUUUUUGCUUUUUGUAGAGGCAAUAAUAUUGGUGUUUCUAGCAUGGAAGGCCUCUAUGUUGCUCAAGGAAGAUCAAGGCGUAGAGCUCACGAAAAGACAAUUUCUCAUCACUAUCAUUUCGAGGUUAUGAACACGGUUAUCGAUAGGCAACUCCAAGAGCUAGACAAUCGUUUUAAUGAGGUGAGCACCGAGUUGCUUCUUUGUGUUGCAUGCCUAAAUCCAUCCAACUCAUUUGCAAGUUUUGACGAGCAAAGGUUGAACCGCUUUGCCAAAUUUUAUCCUAAAGACUUCUCGUGUAUUGAACUUUUGGCAAUUUUGGAUCAACUUGAGAAUUUCAUCAUUGAUGUGCGCUCUAGUUUCGAGUUUUCAAAUUUAAAAGGAAUUGGUGAUCUUGCUCAAAAGAUGGUCGAGACCCGAAGAGAUAUAGGGUAUCCAUUGGUAUACAAACUGUUGAAGUUGGCCUUAGUUUUACCUGUUUCGACUGCAACAGUAGAGAGGGCUUUUUCUGCUAUGAAGAUUGUGAAGAGUCGACUUCGUAACCGGAUGGGUGAUCAAUGGAUGCAUGAUAGUUUGCUUGCCUAUAUUGAGAGAGAGAUUUUUGAUAGCAUUUCAAAUGAAGCUAUCAUGAAUCGAUUCCAAAAUAUGACAAAUCGACAUGGUCAAUUGUAGGUGAAAUGAUAUAUAAUGAACGGAUAUGCUUUUUUGCUUAUAUAUUAGAAGUCGGUAUCUCUUUUUGGUUAUUGUUCUAUUAUUUUUGUUAUCUUUUGGGUCAUUGUUUACAAGUGCAAAAUUAUUUGUGUUGUAUAUGUUUGACAGCUUGACCCCA